CUAGAACGUGACACCACGUUGAGCUAUGCGCCACAUUUGACGAAGAAGAAGUUGGAGCGCGGCAGUCUUCUCCGUUCCUGUCGGUGGUGUUCUUUGGAGUCUGGUUUCCCAGCUUGCUUUCUGUACUCAAGAGGCUGCGGGCAAGUGGAACGUCAGACGUCACCGCACGACUGCAUGAGAGUAACAUUUCUAUCCAAUACGCAAAGCUGCUGCAGAGAAAAGCGGCAGCUACAAGAUGUCAUCUGGGCACGAUGGAAUGCUUCUUGCGACUAGCGGACCUGAGACACAGCAACUCUUUCAACCAUCUUUGGCGAGUGCAUUCCCUGCAACGGAUGCUGGAGCACGAGACGAGCGUCGACACAAAGUGCGAACAACGAAGCAUGGAAAUUCACGUCGUGCUUCCGAUCGCGGCGAACCUAUAGGGGAAGGGAUGCCGCUCAGAACAUCUAAGUCGGGGGUGUACACUCUCCCAUGCCCACCAGAAAUGCAACGAACAUCUCGUGACCACCCUUUGUCCCGCUCGCUCGGAACGGCCACAGGCUUCCUAGACGACUAUCACAGGCACAGGAUGCGGCAUGAGAUGCAACAUACUAUGGAUGAUAUGUACACUGAGCGACGCCGUGAGCAAAGCCAGGCACAGCUUUUGGCACGACCCGCCGGGUCCCGCGUUUCUGUUCCCUCUGACCUUGGACAAGAGGAGCCGUGUGGAAGGUUUUAUAAACCGAAUCCUGUGUUGUCACACGAAAUCAUGUUGCUUCAGGAGCGUGUGCGUCGGCAGACCCGUGAAGGGCAGGUCCACGAUGAAGAGCAAAUGCGGCAACAGAUGCAUUUUCAACGUCUUCAGCAGCAACCAGAGAUUCAACAUCAACAGCAGCUCCAACAGCAACAGAUACAGCAGCAGCUUAUGCAACAGCAACAAGAAAUGCAAAAGCAGCGAAUGCGUUUGCAACAAGCGGAGCGCCAAUACGCACAGCACCCGGCGACCCAACGCAGCGAAAGAGAUCAAGUUGACCGGACACAGGCAGGUGACAACAAAGGUGCGCCACAACGGAAACGAAUACAUCGACGACGGGACAGACAGAACUUCAAGGCGGAUCAGUGUGCUGCUGCUCCUGUAGCUGCUGCUAAUGAAGUAGCACGGCCCAGAGAUCCGAAUCAGAUGCAAGCAGGACAAGAACGGCAGCCCGCUGCCGUGCCUGCGCAUUAUUCUUACCCUCAAGUGCUUCAAGGCUAUGACACCAGCGGCUAUCCUUGCUACAUCAUUCCAGAGCAGGACGGUCACCACUUGAAGGGAGAACAUCCUGUGAUGUGCCAUAACCCCCCGCAAGAAGCGUGGGGGCCGGUGAACAGAGCCCCUCCACCUAGCCCAGAUGCAGCACAACACGUAGCCAUGAUGUACCAGGCAGGAGACGUUCCACCACAGGUGACGAAACAAUACCAGGCGUCGGAGACUUUUACCGAGCGCGAACCGGAGGGGUCCGACUCGUUGGUUCUCAGCCAGAGAACCGCCCAUGAUCGCGACAGUUUCAUGACAGCACCCGAAGGAUCAUUCACAAAGGCAUUGACCACUGAAGAGUACGGGAGUAGCAUGAUCUAUAUGGAAUGUCCACGUAUGGAAAAUGAGGAGUCUGGCAGCAGAACGAGUUCGACCGGUAGCACGCAGUCCACAAGAGGUAACAUGGACAUAACAGCAGCCUCCCGAGCAGCAGCUGCGGAGGACAUCGCUGUGGGAAACUUGCAUGCAAUGGCCACUGAAAGGGCUGACGCGCCCGGUCCCAUUUUAAUGAUGUUGCCUCCCAUAUCGGAGGCACGAGGAACGCCUUUGUGCCGACCUCCUGACAGCAGAAACGCUGCAAUCGCCGCCAGCCGAGACAGCAUGGGCAAGCGUAGUAAGACAUCUAUCUCGAGUCUGACCGCACCGCUGUUGCCCUCCGCCGCCCGGCGCAGCGGCUUGAGAAUGUCGGAGCGCACCUGCAUAAUCAUGAAUUUGAUCCUCGUGAGCGCCCUCGUAGGCACUGUGGGUGCAUUCAUCAUCCGCCACUACUACUAACAAGCAAUGGAAGCAGCUGCUCAGCAACAAUUCUGUGGAUCAUUUCAUUCUUCUGUAACGCCACGCCCAGGUUGAAAAAUUAUGCUGGAGUAAAAGUAUAUUUUUGAA